UCCACAGGAAGUUCUGUAACACUAAGCAGUCUACACUCGGCGUCUUGGUCCGCGGGCUGGCAUAUACGCCACAUGUGCUGGGUCUGAGGAAAAAGGACAAGCACCUCCUUUCAAAAUAUAAGAAACGUUGAGCACUUCUGGGACACAAAUGGCUAACAACAGCAAUUGCACUGAGGUCAGCUCAGCUGUAUACCUGAGUGGGUACACAAUAAUUGGCGUACUGGGUCUAAUCUUCAACUUGCUUGCCAUCUAUUUCUUGUGCCAUCUACCACAACAACGAUCACCCACCACUAUCUACAUGAAGAAUCUGGCCUUUGCGGACCUCCUAUUGGUGAUCACUCUGCCUCUACGCAUCUAUGGUUACACCCUUUCAGAUAGCGCACCAAAUCUAAACCUUUUGUCAUGUAGAAUUGCCGGUUCGUUUCUUCUCCUUAACAUGUAUGGCAGUAUCUUCUUAUUGACCUGUAUUAGCUUGGAUAGGUGUUUGGCCGUUUGUUAUCCCCUUCGAUCCCGACGUUUUCGCCAAAGUGCAUGUUGGAUUUGUGCCGGUGUGUGGCUAUUUAAUGUGGUUGCCUGCUUUGGGUUUCAAUUGCCAUUUGGUAACACCAGCAACAGCACUGCAGCCCUCAUGGGAAACUUGGGAAACUGUCUUCAUGGGAAACCGCCAUUUGUUACUAAGAAAAUCCCCACCAUAGGAUCUCUUACAACUGGUUUCUUCAUUCCUGCUGUAGUCAUUACAUUUAGCUCGGUGGCCUUGUUGAAAUCGAUGACACAUAGUCAGGUGGUUCGAGAAGGAAUGAUUAACAAGGUGAAAGUUGUUCGUAUGUUGACUGCCAACAUAUUAAUCUUCCUGCUAUGCUUCCUCCCCUAUAACAUUGUUCUGCUCCUCUAUCAGGUUAAAAAUGAAUCCUGCUAUCUGGACAAAGCCUAUGGUAUCACUCUACUGGUAGCCUGCACCAAUACAGUUCUAGACCCCUUCUUAUAUUACUUUACAUCCGAGACUAUGAAAAACAUUGUAAAAGAAGAAAUCAAGGUGGGGAAAGCCAGAUUCAUUGAGUUGUCUGAAGUAUCCUUUGAGAAACAUAAACCAAUGGUCACAACUGUACUCAAAACAUGAUAAUUUUUCCUUCAACAGAUCAGUCAGUGACAAGCCAUGUGUAGGAAACUCAACUACGGUUAAAUGGAAAAAGAUAAACCUCAUCUUAAUUUUGAUCCACCACUGCAUUGGCUUGUCUUCUAACUGGCUAUGCUUCACCACCUCAAAAUCGAAAGUGGAAAAGUAGGCCUGCUGGAAAAGUGAUUGCAAAAUAUUUUUAUUUGAGAAAGGAACAUACAUUUUUAGAAAUUGGAUGGAUGGAUAUCUGAAGUAGCAUUAAACUUUAAAGCUAACCUGUUCUAAGGGACAAAUGUGGUGCCAGCAUUACUAGCCUGUUCUAAGGGACAAAUGUUGGGCUAGCAUUACUAUCCUUCUUGUGAAAUUGUCAGUUACUUGGCUGUUUUGUUGAUCUUCUGGUUUCAAUAUUUUUUAAUGGCCCAGAACAAGUACACCAUAUGCCUGAAUGUUUGUGGACAUCUGACAAUCACAUCUAUGUUUGCUUGUUUCCAUCCCAUUCUUCUCGGGAGGCUUUUCUCAAGACUUUGGAGGGUGCCCAUGAGAAUCUUUGCCUAUCCACCUAAAAUAACAUUUGUGAGGUCAGCUACUAAUGGUGGACAAGAAGAUCUAGCUCACUUUCAGUCUUCCAUUUUACACAAAAGGUCUUCAGUAGGGUUUAGGUAAGCGCUGUACGAAGGCCGCUUGAGUUCUUUUACAGCAAACACGUCAAGACAUGUCUUUAUGGAGCUGGCUUUGUGAAGAGGGCACAUUAAUGCUGGAAAAGGAACAGGCCUUCCCCAAAUUGUUACCACAAGGUUGGAAGAGCCCAUUUGUUUGACUUGUCAUUGCAUGCUGAUGUAUUAACCCUUUUCUGGAAUCACCAGAACUCAAAUCUUUGGAAGGGUGUCCACAUUCUUUGACCAUAUAAUAAGUAUGAAGGUCAAGAGUCCAUAAAAAUUGGGCCAAAUGGUGUAUUGAGACCCUGAAAGACAGAGAAAAGUCAUGUAUCCAUAUUUGUAGCAAUGGUAGCCGCAGUGUUUCUCUCAUGACAGAUUUCCUUGAAUGUUUUGGGUACAUACCAUGUUUCCCCGAUAAGACCUAGCGUUAUUUUCCAGGAGAGCUGCAAUAUAAGCCCUACCCCGAAAAUAAGUCCUAGUUUAAA